AGAACUGCCUGGGCACCGGAAAAGAUGACUGACUGAGCACUUGGGGGCAGGAAGCCAUUCCAUGAUCUGAUCUGAAGAGGUCUGUCGGGGGCGGCCAUUGGCAGAGGAACGUCACGUGACGGAGGGGGGUGCCAAUGUUCGGCUUCAAGGGUGUCAAGACCCUGUCAGUGUGUGAAAUAAAUACUAGGAUACAACGAAAUGCAAAAAGCGACCUACUACGACAGUUCGGCGAUCUACGGCGGCUACCCAUACCAAGGAGCAAACGGUUUCACUUAUAAUGCAAGUCAUCAGCAAUAUCCUCCGCCUUCGGCGCUGGUGGAAAGCGAAUACCAUCGCCCCGCCUGCUCCCUGCAGUCCCCUGGCAGCGCUGUGGCCCGCCACAAGGCCAAUGACAUCAACGAGAGUUGCAUGAGAACCAUCGGGGGCCAGGGUGGCCAGGCUCAGGGCCUUCCCGAAACGUCACAGCCCCCGCCACAGCCCUUGCAACAGCCUCCGCAGCCUCCGCAACCCCAGCAGCAGCAGGCUCCACCACCGUCGUCCCAGCAGCCCCAGCAGCCGUCUCAGCCCCCUGUUCCUUCGGCUCCAUCAUCCUCACAGCCCCCUCCCUCUGUCUCACCAACUCAAAAUGCCAGCAGCAAUCCAGCCCCCACCAAGAGUCCCAUGCUUAAUUCGCCUACCAUGUCCAAACAGAUCUUUCCCUGGAUGAAAGAGUCUCGUCAAAACACAAAGCAGAAAAACAGCAGCUCCAGUUCAGGUGAGAGUUGCUCGGGAGAUAAGAGCCCCCCGGGGCAGGCGUCAUCCAAGAGGGCUCGAACAGCUUACACAAGUGCCCAGCUGGUGGAGCUGGAGAAGGAAUUUCACUUCAAUCGCUAUCUGUGUAGGCCCAGGAGGGUCGAGAUGGCCAACUUGCUCAACCUUACCGAGAGACAGAUCAAAAUCUGGUUUCAGAACCGCAGGAUGAAAUAUAAGAAGGAUCAGAAGGGCAAGGGCAUGAUGACGUCCUCCGGGGGGCAGUCCCCCAGCCGCAGCCCGGUUCCGCCUGGCGCUGGGGGGUACCUAAACUCUAUGCAUUCUCUGGUCAACAGUGUUCCUUACGAGCCCCAGUCACCCCCGUCCUUCAGCAAGCCUCAUCAGAACACCUACGGCCUCCCCAACUCCUACCCAGCUGCCCUUAACAGCUGCCCACCUCCUCAGAAGCGGUACUCGGGGACUGCCUCGGUCACUCCAGAUUACGACCCACACCCCCUCCAAGGCAACGGUAGUUAUGGGACCCCACACUUACAGGGAAGCCCCGUCUUCGUGGGGGGCAACUAUGUGGAGCCCAUGAGUAAUUCCGGUUCUUCCAUCUUUGGUCUGACUCAUCUCCCCCAUCCCGUCUCAGCCAACAUGGACUAUGGGGGGGCUGGGCCCAUAGCCAACAACCAUCAUCACGGACCUUGUGAGCCCCACCCCACCUACACAGACCUUACAGCUCACCAUCCUUCUCAGGGAAGAAUUCAGGAGGCGCCCAAACUGACCCAUCUGUGAUGGACCUCGGGGUUGAGUGGACACAAAGUCAACCCACUUCUUUCUUUUUAGUC